CCCCGCCUUGCAUUUCUCGUACAUAAAAUUCAGCUCUUCAUGAUGUAGGCAAUGCCACCUCCACUCACAAAUGAAGGCAGAUGAGACCCUGGAACACGUACCCGAAAGUCAAACUUGAGAUCUGGAAUCAAUACCCCUCUCUACCACACUCUUGUAGCUGGCUACCGACCAUCUAUACCCCAACAUUCGAGUGGGGAAUUCCGCGGCAGAUGAUUCUAGUAACAUGCAACAUCAUGCAGGGUUUACCAUGGUCUGGAACCGCGACGAAGCUAUAUAAUUCCCUUCCGGCACUCAGUCUGGGAAUCAUCUCGAGUAACGAGCAUCUACUCUCUCCUUGAAACUUUACUUCUUUUUGCAAUCUUUUGUCUACCAAUCGUCCAAUCGAACCAAUUCACUAUGCGUGGAAAAGUUGCCAUCGAGGAAGCCUUUGAGCUGAAGGACGCGACCGGCGAGAUCGAGGCCCAGGCCGCCCUCUACAUUGCCCCAAAUGAUGUCGAGCGUUACAAGCGACAAAUCGUGUCGAUCACGGAUGAACGCCUGGAGCUAUCCGAGAAGAACGGCAUCGGAUACACCAUCCUCUCCCUGACCGUCCCGGGUAUCCAGGGCAUUACGGACCAGUCCGAGGCCGAGAAGAGGGCCGAGAAGGUAAACAACUACAUCCAUGACCAGAUCAAGGGACACCGCGACCGCCUGGGAGCGUUUGCGGCGCUGUCGAUGCAUGAUCCCCGUCAGGCAGGACAAGAGCUUCGCCGCUGCGUGAAGGAGCUAGGUUUUCACGGGGCCUUGCUGAAUGAUGUCCAACAUACCGGAAAGGGCGACGCUGACCAGCCCCUCUUCUACGAUGGGUCUGACUAUGACGAGUUCUGGAGAGUGGCUGUGGAACUCGACGUGCCGGUCUAUCUGCAUCCUGCUGCACCUUUGCGGGAUACCAUCAACUACAAGCAGAACUACGCGGAUCGGAAGUAUCUCGUGGGCCCGCCACAGAGCUACUGCAACGGCGUUGCACUGCAUCUGAUGGGCCUGAUCACCAACGGAGUGUUUGAUCGGUUCCCCAACCUGAAGGUUGUUGUUGGACACAUGGGCGAGCGUAUUCCGUUUGAUUUCUGGCGGAUGAACCACUGGGUGAAUGGUGUGGAGAGGCCUCUGGCACAGAAGAACGGUGACACCAUUUGCGAGCGGGAACCGCUCUAUUACUUCCAGCGCAACAUUUACAUCACAACCAGUGGGCACUUCUGCACUCAGAACUUGCGGUACUUGUACGAAUACCUGGGCGAUGAGCGACUGAUCUUCAGCGUUGAUUUCCCCUACGAACGCAUGGAGCACGGCUGCAGCUGGUAUGAUGAUGACGAGGAGCAGAUCAAGGAGGCGCUGGGUGGACGGGAUGGAUACCUUCGAGUUGGCCGGGACAACGCGAGAAGGUUGUUCAAGCUCAGCAAGUUCAAGGACUGCGAUGCGCCUGUUUGAUUGCAGCCAUGAAGCCUCCUCCUCGAUUCCGCGGUGCGUGUAGUAUGGAGUAAUUUGCAGUCUUGGGCGUUUGUUUUGAUUUACUGUGGGUGAAAACUGAACAAAAAAGCAUUCCGGGAUGUACGCACUUGACUAGUUUGCUUAGUCUUGAUUUGAUGGCUCGCUGUUCUUGGUCGAAGCCCACUAGUUAGGUCAAUCUAAC